GGCCAAGUGGACUUCUACGCGCGCUUCUCGCCGUCCCCGCUCUCCAUGAAGCAGUUCCUGGACUUCGGGUCGGUGAAUGCUUGUGAAAAGACCUCAUUUAUGUUUCUGCGGCAAGAGUUGCCUGUUAGAUUGGCAAAUAUAAUGAAAGAGAUAAGUCUCCUUCCAGAUAAUCUUCUCAGGACGCCAUCUGUUCAAAUGGUACAAAGCUGGUAUAUUCAGAGUCUUCAGGAGCUUCUUGAUUUUAAGGACAAAAGCGCUGAAGAUGCUAAAGCUAUUUACGACUUUACAGAUACUGUGAUACGGAUCAGGAACCGACACAAUGAUGUCAUUCCCACAAUGGCCCAGGGUGUGAUUGAAUACAAGGAGAGCUUUGGGGUGGAUCCUGUUACCAGCCAGAAUGUUCAGUACUUUUUGGAUCGAUUCUACAUGAGUCGCAUUUCAAUUAGAAUGUUACUCAAUCAGCACUCUUUACUGUUUGGUGGAAAAGGCAAAGGAAGUCCAUCUCAUCAAAAACACAUUGGAAGCAUAAAUCCAAACUGCAAUGUAGUUGAAGUUAUUAAAGAUGGCUAUGAAAAUGCUAAGAGUCUGUGUGAUUUGUAUUAUAUUAACUCUCCCGAACUAGAACUUGAAGAAUUAAAUGAAUGUAACCCUAAUAUAUUGCAGAAUGCAAUGAGAGCAACUAUGGAACACCAUGCUGAUAAAGGUGUUUAUCCCCCUAUUCAAGUUCAUGUCACACUGGGUAAUGAGGAUUUGACUGUGAAGAUGAGUGACCGAGGAGGUGGUGUUCCUUUGAGGAAGAUUGACAGACUCUUCAACUACAUGUAUUCAACUGCACCCCGGCCUCGUGUUGAGACUUCCCGUGCAGUGCCCCUGGCUGGUUUUGGUUAUGGAUUGCCCAUAUCACGUCUUUAUGCACAGUACUUCCAAGGAGACCUAAAGCUCUAUUCCCUAGAGGGUUAUGGGACAGAUGCAGUUAUCUACAUUAAGGCUCUGUCAACAGAAUCAAUAGAAAGACUCCCAGUGUAUAACAAAGCUGCCUGGAAGCAUUACAACACCAACCAUGAGGCUGACGACUGGUGUGUGCCCAGCAGAGAACCAAAAGACAUGACAACGUUCCGCAGUGCCUAGAUAUACACUUGGGACACCUGGAAAAUCCAAAUGUGGUUUUUGUAUUGGAUUUGGAAGGGAUGGUGUUCAGAACUACAUUAUACCAAAUACUUCAUGUGUUGUUUUCACAGUUAACUACUUGGGUAGAAUAGAUGGAAACUGAAUUCCAUUUGUGCCUGUCAAACCUCCUACAGGAUGAAAUUGUACUUAUUUUACACAUAUUUUCACAGUUAAUUGAACAUAUUUUUAAACAACCGUAGUUUUGACCAACUUUUCUCUUCAUGGUCGACUUCAUAUGUGUGGAAGUCUUUGGAUUUUUACAGGAAGCUGUGUAGUCUUUAAAAAAAAUAACUUUUUAUUUAUGUUUGCUAGAAACAUUUUCUAAAUAAUGCUGAUUAGCUGGUUGGCUAUUUUUCUGUUAUUUGGAGGAGUUCUGUCACCCUUUAUUUAGUAGUGACAACUGUAAUAAGAUGUUGACUACCAGUAAAGCAGAAUACAGUUGCCCUGUAAGUGUAGAACCAGCCACCUUUCAGCAUCUGCAGGCAUUGUCUUAGCUCUGAAAUUAAUUUAUCACUUUUUAAAUUUUAUUGUAAAGGAUUGGAAUGGCUAGUUCCCUAUGAAUCUAAGCCAAGAUUCUGGGCAGUCUGUUCUUGAGUGCGCUUGUGAUUAAUGCAAGGGGAAAUUUUUAUACUAAAAACAAGUAGACAAACUAGCAGCUGCUAAAACUGUAGAGAAGAAAUUGAGAGCAAAGCUAUGAGUCCUCAAAACUGAACUAAUCAGUUGUUGAGAUUACCUGGGGGAGCUUUUGAAAAAAUAAAAUUUUUCUAGGUCAUACUCCAAACAUACUGAAUCAGAAUCUCCAGGGCAGAGCCCAGGACUCAAUUUUUAAAAUGCUUCCUAGGUGAGUCUGAUGCCUAACCUAGUUAGGAAACCAC